AUGCGUGCGCAGUGGGGCGCGGACCGCUGGCACGCCGCCGUGGACGCGACGCUCGAGCGCCUCAUCGGGCUCCUUGAUGCAACAGGCGCGGCGGGGCUUGUCAUCAUCGAGACCCUCGGCACUGACACGACGGAGCCGCGUCGGAACAACACGCUGGCGCUGCGCCUUGAGGAGCACUACGGCUUUGAGCGGCGAUGGGUGCGCACCGACUACAACUUCCGCGACACGGACGAGGCGGCGCGCCUCACCCGUUUCUUCUUCGGCGAGGCGAUGGCGCAACGCAUGGCGGUAGCAGCGCGCACGACGCUUCCGGAGUGCACCGGUAUCUGGACACUCUGGAGAAAGUGA